GCGCCUGCCGCUUGCGCGGGAGUGAACAAGGACAGUAACAGGGUAAAACAAUGGUGCCGAGCACUAAGAGCCCACUGCGCACCGCGCCAGUGAAUGAAAUGCCUUCCCUGGAAACCCAACAAGGGAAGGGUGGCGGGACUGCAAGGGAAGGACGCUACAGCUCGUCUGAACAAGAAAUGUCAGCGAAAAGCGGCAUUUGGACAGGUGCACACGAACCAUAGGAAGGUGGCUGCAGACGGUGAGAGCCGGGAGGAGAGUCUGAUCCAGGAGUCGGCCUCCAAGGAGCAGUACUACGAGCGCAAGGUGCUGGAGCUACAGACGGAACUGAAGCAGCUGCGCAAUGUGCUUACCAACGCACAGUCGGAGAGCGAGCGUCUAGCCUCAGUGGCACAGGAGCUGAAGGAGAUCAAUCAGAACGUGGAGCUUCAGCGGGGCCGCCUUCGGGAUGACAUCAAGGAGUACAAGUUCCGGGAGGCCCGCCUUUUGCAGGACUACUCAGAGCUGGAGGAGGAGAACAUCAGUCUGCAGAAGCAGGUGUCUGUGCUCAGGCAGAACCAGGUGGAGUUUGAGGGCCUCAAGCAUGAAAUCAAGCGUCUGGAGGAGGAGACCGAGUACCUCAAUAGCCAGCUGGAGGAUGCCAUCCGGCUCAAGGAGAUCUCGGAGCGGCAGCUGGAGGAGGCAUUGGAGACGCUGAAGACAGAGCGGGAGCAGAAGAACAGCCUGCGCAAGGAGCUGUCACACUACAUGAACAUCAACGACUCCCUCUACACCAGCCACCUGCAUGUCUCCCUGGAGGGCCUCAAGCUCAAUGAUGAUGCCGAAGCCCUGGCCAACGGCUUUGAGCAUGGCUGCCUGGCCAAGAUGCCCCUGGACAACAAGACCUCCACACCCACCAAGGAUGGUCUGGCCCCGCCCUGCCCCAGUCUAGUGUCCGACCUUCUCAGCGAGCUCAACCUUUCUGAGAUCCAGAAACUGAAGCAGCAGCUGAUGCAGAUGGAGAGGGAGAAGGCGGGCCUGCUAGUGACCCUGCAGGAUGCGCAGAAGCAGCUGGAGCAGGCUCGAGGGGCCCUGUCAGAGCAGCGUGAGGAGGUGAGCCGCCUCACGGAGAGCCUGAGCGCUCUGCAGCGCCUGCAGGCUGGCAAGGAGCGGCGCACGGCCCUGGACAGUGAAAAGGAGCGCGACAGUCAUGAAGAUGGCGACUACUAUGAGGUGGACAUCAAUGGGCCUGAGAUCCUGGCCUGCAAAUACCGUGUGGCCCUGGCAGAGGCUGCUGAGCUCCGGGAGCAGCUGAAGGCCCUGCGCAGUGCACAUGAGGCCAGUGAGGCUUGGCAUGCCGAGGAGAAGGGCCGACAUGAGGCUGAGAGCCAGGCGCUCACUGAGAAGGUGUCUCUGCUGGAGAAGGCCAGCUGCCAGGACCGUGAGCUGCUGGCCCGGCUGCAGACAGAGCUGAAGAAGGUCAGUGACGUCGCAGGUGAGACUCAGGGCAGUCUGAGUGUCGCCCAGGAUGAGCUGGUGACCUUUAGUGAGGAGCUGGCCAGCCUCUACCACCAUGUGUGCAUGUGCAACAAUGAGACUCCCACCCGGGUCGUGCUGGACUACUACCGUGAGGGCCCGGCUGGUACAGGCCACUGCAGUCCUGAAGCCCACGGACACCGCUCACCAGUCCUGACCAAGGGACCACUGGCUGCAGAGGGCGGGGCUGGGGACAGCAGCCUCUCAGUGCCCUCGCCCCUGAGUGACCCUCGCCGGGAGCCCAUGAACAUCUACAACCUGAUUGCCAUCAUCCGUGACCAGAUCAGGCACCUGCAGGCAGCUGUGGACCGCACUACGGAGCUGUCACGGCAGCGCCUGGCCUCACAGGAGCUGGGCCCUGCCACAGACAAGGACAGGGAGGCACUCAUGGAGGAGAUCCUCAAGCUCAAGUCUCUGCUCAGCACCAAGCGGGAGCAGAUCACCACACUGCGCACAGUGCUCAAGGCCAACAAGCAGACAGCGGAGGUGGCCCUUGCCAACCUGAAGAGCAAGUACGAGAACGAGAAAGCCAUGGUGACGGAGACCAUGAUGAAGCUGCGCAAUGAGCUCAAGGCCCUCAAGGAGGAUGCAGCCACCUUCUCCUCACUGCGCGCCAUGUUUGCCACCAGGUGUGACGAAUACAUCACACAGUUGGACGAGAUGCAGCGGCAGCUGGCAGCCGCCGAGGAUGAGAAGAAGACCCUCAACUCACUGCUGCGCAUGGCCAUACAGCAGAAGCUGGCACUGACCCAGCGGUUGGAGCUGCUUGAGCUGGACCAUGAGCAGACCCGGCGGGGUCGCACCAAGGCCAACCCCAAAGUCAAGCCCAGCACCCCGAGUCUGUAGAUUAGCUGCUGGGAGAACUCGGCCACCGGCCGUGUCACACUGCAACCCCUUCCCUCCCCUCCCGUGGGCCCACGCAGAGGAAGGAAGGGCAGCCUAAAAGUCCACUUAGAAACAUUUUUGGAUAUGCCACUGCAAUUCUUUUCAAAGUAGCAUUCCCGAGUUUUUAUGGCAGAGGAAAAAAGCUUUAAAGUUCAGGAAGCCGGCAGCCGCUGCUGGGAAGGCCUUUUUACAAGCGCUUGAAGAACCUGCUGGGACAGCAGCCACCAAGCUCACUUAGGAACCCGCUAGAAACGCUCAGCACUGGGGUCUCCCUGUUACAGACCCUCCCUUUUCACUUGGUCAACCUGUGCACUUUUGGUAUUUUGGUAUUAUAUUUGCUUCCUUAAUCCCUCGCAUAGAGACGGUCUCAGAUGCCGUGGUCUGUCUUGUUGUCCUGUAGUGCCCUGUCUUAGCUCCCAACAUGCUGAUUUGACACCAGCGUGUGGCACAGAUGUGUCCUAGUGUGCAGCUCUAGACUGUUGAGAUAAAGGCUUCGACCCGGCAAGGACCUCAGCUACACAUCCACGCCGUGGUUCAGCAGCCUUUUAGAUUAUACGGCAUUGUGGUUCAUGUUUGAAAUUAACAGGUUUUAAAUGCCAUGUUCAUUAAGAAAUCCAGGGUGUUCUGAUUCUGGGGUUUUUUCAUAUUGUAUUAUUAUUAUUCUUAGGAAUAGUUCAAUGUAACAAGAAAAAACUUGACCUUUGCUCUGGUUAAACAGUUAUAGGCACUUGAAAACAAAAAAGGUAAAUUAUUGAAUGAGUAGUAUUACCUACAAAUUCCAGAAUUUUCUGGGUUUUAGGAUGUUGUGAAGCAUGACUGAUUAACAGAAUUUUAUACAACUGUACCAGUGAAAUUCCAAAUUGGAAUUGUUUUGUUACUUUGGUUGUUGUGCCAAAUUGUGGUACACUUAGAAAAUUCUACAGUCGUUCAAAUUUAGGGUGUUCUAUUUCAACACCGUUUUGUUAGUAAUCAUUGCCAGUAGUGCCUUCAUCAGUUAAGGGAGGUGUCCCAGCCUAGUUUAUUCUCUAAAGUGGACAGUGAAGAGCUAGUUGGGAAUGUUGAAGGCCAGUGUGGACCAACAGGUGUGAAAGGGCGUCACCUUCACACCUCAACCUGGGCAUCUUCACUGAGGGAAAGAAAACAGCAAUUGUACAAAAUUCUGUUAGUCAGUGAUUCUUUACUGUGCAGAUCCUUGCAAAUUCAGGGGCUGAGAAAUGAAAGUGAACACAAACCUUGAGUGUGCUUUGGGAACUAAACGGACUUCGUGGGACAAGCUAAGCAAGCAGUGUGAAUAACAUGCCACGUUUGUGAAGAGACACUGGGCAGCAGGGAAGCCUGUGCUGUCGGCCUCAUGCAGUGGGGUGAGGGACUAGCCAUAGUAUUCUUUGCAAAUGUGAGAAAAAGAUGUUAUAUAUUCUCUUGCUUGGUGUAACUAAUCACUGUUAAUUUCAGGAAACAGAACUUGCUAAAGCUCCUUAGCAAACCAGGUCUGUCCAGUUUGCUGAGUGAGGUUGUGUGAGUGGGUCAUAUUGGUACUCAGAGAGGAAGAACGGCAUUACUCCUCCAAAGUAAAGGGCAAAUUAUAGUCAGUAGUAAGAAUCAAGAGUUCUGUUUCCUGGAAUGAGCACUUCUUAUUCCUAGUUGUAGGGACCCCUAUUUUUACUUUCUGUUACAGUGUUGAUUCAUAAGAAAUGUUACAUUUAUGAUAACUUCAUCUAUAUGGGGUAUUUAUUUGCAAUGAUGUCUGAGUACUGUAUUUUUUUUUUCUAUGCAUUGCCUAGUGUCAGAGUGUUAUCUUUAUUAAGAUCAUAUGCAUGUUCUCCUGCCAAGGAACCUUUACACAGACCCACACAAAGAAAUAAAUGGAAAUGGCUUCAGAUUCUGAGAAAAUGAGGCAGAAAAUGGAAAAGGAUUGGGAAGGAUAAAUCAGUCGUGACUUAGGACACAAGCAUGGUGUGCAAGUCCUCAAAGCCAGUGCACAUAGGAAUUGUGGGCCAGGGUGAAGGGUCAUGUCGGUAGGAUCAAUAAAUAAAGAAUAAUACACAGACAAAG